UGACGCCUUAAAUAAUUAUAACAAACAACUUCAUUCCGACCAAAAAUCAUUGGGUCAACAUAUUCCACUUGAUACAAUGCGUCAGAUAUCUGGCAUUCCACGUGCAUUCCCUGAUAGUGAUAAAAAUAAAGCUAAAGAUGUAAUAGAGAACUGGAUAUAUCCUUCAGAGCAAAUGUUUUUCAAUGCAAUGAAACGCAAAGACUGGAAUCCUCGAGAAGAAGAUAUGCGCGUUAUUGUACCAAUACAUAAUGCAGUGAAUGAGAAAGCCUGGAAAGAAAUAUUAGAAUGGGAAAAAUUGCACGAAAAUCACUGUGGUGGACCGAAAUUGGUAAAGUUUCAAGGUAAAGCAAAAAAUAUUACACCAAAAGCCAGAUUGUUCAAUUUAUUAGGUUAUAAGCUACCUUUUGAUAGACAUGAUUGGGUAGUGGACCGAUGUGGUAAACAAGUUACGUAUGUUAUUGAUUUUUAUUCUGGACAACCAGACCCAAAGCUUCCACAUUCCGUGAGCUUUUAUUUGGAUGUUCGUCCAGCUUUUACUUUGGAUGGAGCGAUUGACAGAUUCCGAAGAUGGAUGUCUUUAUUUAUGGAAAGAAACAAUCAAUCUGGAGAGAAAUGUACGUAUAAAAGCGGAUUUACACAUAAUAGUGUAUAG